AUGUCAAUUCAAGCGAAGCCUGUUGGCGCAAAACGUGGUGCUCAAAUAGUCAUUGACAUUGGCUCUUCUCCGGAGCCUACUGAACCUGGGUUUGUUAAGUCAGCUUCCAGGUCACGAACAACUUCUGGUCAGGCGAAUGUAUCAGGAAAAGGAAAGGGGAAGGCAAAGGCAAAGUCUAAUAAAAAGACUGGUAAGGUGAUAAUGGGACCUGUUAUUGAACUGACGGAUUCCGAGUCGGAUUCUGAGCAGCCAGGUCCCAGCGUACCGCAAAGUCAAAUUCAGACAAACGACCAAGCUCAGGCAGGUCCAUCGCGUCCCAGACCCAAACCUUUCCCUAUAGUAUCACCCCAACGAUCAAAUUCUGCACUUGCUGCAUUGCCUGUGGCAGCAUCGUUGGAGAAUAUCCCCGUCGCGUCUGGUUCAGGUUCAACUUCAGGUUCGCAGAAAAAAAGGAAAGCGCCGCAGCCUACGCUUUUUCUUCCAUCCCAGAGCGACGAAGAAAACAAACCGCCUGUGGUAGAUGUCGAUACUAUCCCUAAUAAUAGGGCGGAAAUUGUAGAACCAGGCAUGAAUGCGCUGGUUUUGGACGAUAAUUUGGAUUUAGAAAUGGAUCAAUAUCUCCAACAGUUUCAUGAAGAAGACAAACGUGCAAGGCAGCGACUAGAAGCUCCUCUUGCAGGCGUUGCGCCCGUUGCAGCACCUGUGCCACACCCACAUAUGCCUGAAGUUCACCAAAUUGUGCCACCCAUUCCUGUGCCAGUUCAUCAGCCCAUUCCUGCUGUACCUCCUCCACAGAACCUCCCUCGUCAUAUAGCCGAGCCUGUUGUCCAAGUCCAGCCUGAACAUGGACCCCAAUCACAAGGAGAUCCUAUGGUUAAAGUCAUCGCUCAAGUUCUUGAGAUAAUGCCUGAUGUGGACCCGGACUAUCUCCGUGGGCUGGUCGAAACUCACCUACCCAAUUUUGGUGCUCAGACUACAGAGCACAUCCUAGGCUUACUUUUCGAAAAUGGUGGAUACCCUCGUGUCGAUAGGAGUAAGGGAAAAAGAAAGGCCACGGUACAUCAUGAUUCUGAGAAUCCUCAGAAAAAGAUGAAAGUUGAUUAUGCUAGUAAAGAAAGAAACGUCAACAGCCCUGUGUAUCAUGAAUUUGCACUGAUUCACCUCCAACUGAGCUUUCCUCUUGUACCGAAACCUUUUUUACGUCGCACUCUCGAGCAAAACAAUGGUUUAUAUGCUCCGACCCAUUUUGCAGUGGCAGCAUUGCACAAAGCUUACGCAGAUGACGCCCACAAUCCCCAUCGAUUCCUUCCGUAUAUCCCAAAAACCAUGCGUUAUAAUCCUUCAAAAGACCUUCGAAUUCAUGGACGCCGAUCUGACAAAGAGUUUGCCGAGGAAAGGAAAUGGUUAAUUGAACAUCUGCAAGAUCCGACUGAGACCAAGCUGGGGGUUGUUGGAACUGCCAUUUCAGACGAGGCGGGGUUGUCAGGAAAGGGAAAGGGAAAGGAAAAAGAUGAAGGGGAAAUAGAAGAUAUUCCUUUGGAAGAUGGCACUGGCAUCGAAUGUCAAUGCUGCUUUUCAGAAUACGCUUUCGAUAGAAUGGUGCAGUGUCCAGAAGCCCACCUGUUCUGCAGCAGUUGUGUUUCCCAAUAUGCCGCCACGAAACUUGGGGAACAUAAUCACCUUAUACUAUGCAUGCAUGCUUCUGGAUGUUCGCUCCCUUUCACUGAGUCUGAGCUACGCCGCAUCCUUUCACCCAAAUUGAUGAGCUUGUAUGAGCGCGUCAAGCAGCAAAAGGAAAUCGAGGCGGCAGGUUUGGAAGGUUUGGAAGAGUGUCCUUUUUGUGAAUGGAAAUGCGUUUUGGAAGCUUCCAAUGAGGAAGAAAAACUGUUCCGGUGUGGCAACGAGGAGGGCGGGUGUGGAGUGGUUAGUUGCAGAAGUUGUAAAAAGAAGGAUCAUCUUCCCAAAAGCUGCAAAGAGGCCGAAGAGGACAAAGUGCUCGACGGAAGGCACGCGAUUGAGGAGGCAAUGACUCGGGCAUUGAUGCGAAACUGUCCUAAAUGCAAUAAAGCCUUUGUUAAGGAAACAGGGUGUAAUAAAAUGACCUGCCCACAUUGCCGAACUCUUUCGUGCUAUGUAUGUCGAAAGGUCAUCGAUGGAUACCAACACUUCGAUCAGAUGCCAGGCCAACCGUCCACUUCGAAGUCAGCAGGAAAAUGUCGAUUGUGGGAUAAUGUGGAAGAACGUCAUGCACUCGAGGUCAGAGCGGCGGCGGAGAAAGCAGCGGCAGAGUAUAAGCGAGACCAUCCUGAAGUCAGCGAUGAAGGCAUUAAAAUUGAUCUUCCUGCUGUUCCUCCUCCUGCCCCUGCCCCACAAAUUGUUCGCCUAAAUCAUGCGCCUCAUUUGCCACAUGAUGCAUUGUUGAGAGGGAUUGCACCGCAAGCAGCAGUGCGCGGGCCCAUUUUAAUGGGUGCAUUGCCAGGGCAGCAAGUUGGCAACGAAGUCGCACGACCCAUGGUACACCCAGGCAUUCAAGUGUUUCCAGCACGUGUGGAAAACCCAGCUGCUCGCCAGACACGACUUGCCAGAAUUGCCCAACAACACAGAGAAUACCAACUGAGGCUCGCGGAGCAACAGCAGCAGCAGCAACAACAACAACAGAUACAACAACAGCAACAAGAGGCGCAGGCGCGCAUUCAGCCUGUCCAAGAGCACAGAAACGCAGUCGGAAAUUUUGCUGUGCAGUAUGCGCAACUGGAACAACAACGCGUAGCUUUGCAGCAGCAGCUGGCAGAACGGAUUGUCCAGGAACGACAACUCGCGCAACAGCGGGCGCUUGGGUUACAGCAACAACAACGCCAGGAUCGUUUUGUGGUGCCACCAGCGGGCCCACAGGGUGGUAUACAGCAGCGUAUGGAGGUGGUUGAGCCGGCAGCGGAUAAUUUUCUCCAGCGCGCAGAAGCGAUGAUUCUUGCUCAUGAACCACAACAAGCGGAACAACAACGAAUGGCUGCCGCCCGUCGGGUCCCAGUUCAGUUGGCUGCCCCAGGCCUUGCUCACCCAGGGCAUAUGGCAUACGAAAUAGAUGCAUUAAGGCGAUAUAACGAAGAAAGGGCCGGGCAAAGAUAG